AUGUCUGCCCUACGUUCCAUCAAGUCGCUCGCUCCUCUCCUUGACCGCGUCCUCGUUCAGCGCAUCAAAGCCGACACGAAGACCGCCGGUGGUAUCUUCCUCCCAGAGACUGCCGUGAAGGAGCUCAAUGAGGCCAAGGUCCUGGCCGUUGGUCCCGGUGCUUUCGACAAGGAUGGCAAGCGGAUAGCGAUGGGCGUCACUGCCGGAGACCGCGUUCUGAUUCCCCAGUUCGGCGGCAGCCCGAUCAAGGUUGGCGAUGAAGAGUUCUCACUUUUCCGCGACCACGAGUAA